CCGUCGACGCCUUGCCGCUGGCUUGUUGCAAAACCCUCGACCCCUCCAUUCUGGUCAACACGCACGCAAACGGCAAAACCCAAACCAAGCUUUGUUCGCUAAACCUCGGUUCGGUAUCCGGGGCGACCUCGGUGCAUGCUCAUUUACUUACUUUCUCUGUGUAAUUACAACAAACAGUUGGUGUGCGUCACUCCUUUUUACAUAUGAUGAAAGGGAGCAGAGCUACUGUCUUAACGUUCGCCGAAAAAUGCAAGACUAUAUUGUCGUCAAAUUGGCAAGGUACUCUCAAUACAGUUAAGGCUGAUGCUAAAGGAAGCAAAGAAGAAAUCUACAGUUCAAAAGUUAAAUACUUUGUGAAGAAGGGAAGGCCAUAUAUUUGGGUACCGGAAGGUGACUUGCAUAAUGUGAAUACUGUUAUAGAUGAACGUGGUUCGUUGGCUGUCACAAGUCCCAUACCAGGAUCACUUGCAAGUUUGCUUCAAUAUUUAAAGAAGCCUCCUAAUCGGAUUGCUCUUAUUGGUGAAGUUGUGCCACUUGGUGAUAAGAAGGUCAAGACAGCUGCAGAAAGCCUUCGAGAGGCGAUAAUAUCAGAAGGGGAGGCGAUAAAGAAGUUCAGUUAUUCCGUUUCUGGUAUAUUAUGUUCAUCUAAUUUCAGCUCUACAUCUCAUGGAGAAAAUCUCCAAGAGCUACUGGAUGAAGAUCAACAAUACAUGAUCUAUAAAUUUGAUAUAAGUUCAAUCACUUACAUAGAAGGUAAGGGAAGCAGCCAUGAAGUAGAUUUAAAGGAUAUGGAGGAAUCAAAGGCUGACCCCUUGUCACUUUUUUCUGCAAGCUUGAUUGAUGGGAUUAAUCAAAGCGAAGCUAGACGUCGAGCCCUGAUGAUUUUGUGUGCUACGUACUUGAAUAAGAAUGUGAAGGAUGUAGUGGUGGUUUCCAUCGAUCGGAAAGGGGUGGACCUUCUAGGCAAGGUUGUGGGACCCAUGACGGAUGUCGGGUCUCGUGAAUGCGAGUGGAAGGAGUUGAGAUUGGUGUUAACGGAAGAAGCUGGAGACGUCGAGACAUUCUGCAGACGACUUGUUGAGAUGGAAAAGAAAGCACUUAAGAAUGUUGCAGAAUUCAGUGGCCUACCAUCAAAUCCAAUUGCAACCGACCGGCCAGAAUUGGAUGUCUAAUAGUAGUUAGAUCAGAAUAGAUCCGAGAUUUCAAUAUUCAAACGGGAUCUGUUGGUUGUUGGAUACCAGUUCAAAAGCAAACAAAACCGAACCGAUUCAAUACAAUCACUAUCUAAGUAUCACUCAUGAAGAAGGAUCUCCUUUGAGAUUACCGCUUGCUAAAGUCGAUAUUUGUAUUCGGUAUUUUGGUGUAUUCUUAUGAUUUAUGCUUGCAAAUUAUGUUAGUGGUAUAUUUAUAUUGAUGUGGAUUUAUGAGUAGUGUUUUAAAGCGAAAUAUAUGAAUAAUUGGUUUAAAGUAUUGUAUGUA